AUGGUCCUAUACAUGCCCCUGGGACGGCAGGAGGAGCCAAUAAUUGAGGAUGAUGAUGACGACGAUGAAGAAGAUGAUGAAGAGGAUGAUCAUGAAGAAGGUGCUGAAGGAGAAGGAGAUGCCAGUGGUAGGUCAAAGCAGAGCCGGAGUGAGAAAAAGAGUCGCAAGGCUAUGCUAAAACUAGGAAUGAAGCCCAUCCCUGGGGUCAGCCGUGUCACUGUUAAGAAGAGCAAGAACAUCCUGUUUGUCAUCUCAAAGCCGGAUGUUUUCAAGAGCCCCAAUUCAGACACAUAUGUCAUCUUUGGCGAGGCAAAGAUUGAGGAUUUGAGUUCACAGUUGCAGACACAAGCUGCCGAGCAGUUCAAGGCUCCUAAUAUCAGCAAUAUUGCUCCAAAGCCCGAACCAGUGACAGUUGCACAGGAUGAUGAAGACGUAGAUGAGACUGGUGUUGAACCAAAGGAUAUAGAACUGGUGAUGACUCAAGCCGGGGUUUCAAGAUCCCGGGCUGUCAAAGCUCUCAAGGAGUCUGAUGGAGACAUCGUCUCUGCUAUCAUGGAGCUCACAAACUAG